GAUAUUUCUAACAUGGACCUGGAGGUUGUCACCGCUAAAAUUCUGGCUGAGUGGAAGAGCCAUGAGAGCACUUUUGGGGGAGAUCAGGACUCACAACAGUCCACCUCACCGGAGUCCUCGAUGGACUCCAUGUGCUCCUCACCGGAGAUGUGCUACUCCAGCGGGCAUCAGGAGAUGAAGGACUUCCACUUCGGCUUCACGGGACGGAGAGCUACUCCAACGGCGCAGAGGCUGGGCAAGCCCAAGAUGUCCACCAAAAGACGCGUGAAGGCCAGCGAGAGGGAGAAGAUGCGGAUGAGGAGUCUUGCGGAGGCUCUGCACCAUCUCCGAGACUACCUGCCACCGGACUACAGCAAGAGAGGCCAGCCCCUGACCAAGAUACAAACCCUGAAAUAUACAAUUGAGUACAUCAACAAGCUUUCAGACAUCCUGAGCCGCGCGUAA